UACAGGAAAGGAAAGGGCCGCACAUACACGUCACGGGGGGAAACAGGAAAAUACUGGGCAAUGUUUAAUUCCCACAAUUAUUUAUUCACCCCUGUUCCGAGUGAGUGUCCGAGAAGCUUUUGCAGUUUUAAGCGCAACUUCCUCUCCUCAGUCAUCGGCGAGUCCUCUCUGUCGUCAGCCUCACAGCCCGCAGAGGAGGGCUGACACUGUCACCCAGCCACUGAACUUCCCGUCAAGACAGAGCACAGGCAAAAGGAACUGCUGCUGAAUAAAAGAAGAACGACAUCGGGCUUUGUCGAGAGGAGAGGACGCACUCCAGUCCACAAAGCUUCUGGGCAGAAAAACGGUGCCAUUGUCCUCCAGCUGAGGGCGAGUGGAGACAGGUCUGGUGCUCUGCUAAUUAGCCUGCGUGGGUCCCUGCGGAGAGACACAGGGCAGUGAAGCUAACUGCAGCACAGAGCGGCUUGCGCAGGGUGUGAGUAACUGAGGGGCUUGUUUGAGCCACAAUCGGGACAUUUCUCUGGCAAACUGAUGUUAGGUUUACUGAUGGGAGCAUUUACCCGAUAGUCAUCCCUCCCUCUACCCCCCGUUGGACCCUGGCUCGGAUUCGCCACUCGGGCGCUGUCCUCGCCGGGGGGUGCCGGAUCACAAUCGCCCGGUCCAGCUAACUCCAGGCGGCGGUUCGGUCCCCCUGACCCCUGCCCUGCCUCGCCUGUCUGCCGCUCUGGCCAACCCUAGCCGAGCUCGAACAUGGCAGGGAACCUGAAGAAAGGAGGGGGGUUCAUCGGAAUGAUGAAGGAUGCCUUCCAGCCACACCAUCACCAUCUCCACUCCCAUCACCAGCCCGGGGCCGUGGACAAAAAGACUGUAGAGAAAUGCUGGAAACUGAUGGACAAGGUGGUGCGCCUGUGCCAAAACCCCAAAUUGGCUCUGAAGAACAGCCCCCCUUACAUCCUGGAUCUGCUGCCAGACACCUACCAGCACCUGCGCACCAUCUUGUCUCGCUACGAGGGCAAAAUGGAGACUCUGGGGGACAACGAGUACUUCCGGGUCUUCAUGGAGAACUUAACAAAGAAGACCAAGCAGACCAUCAGCUUGUUCAAGGAAGGCAAAGAACGCAUGUACGAGGAGAACUCACAACCCAGGCGGAACCUCACUAAGCUGUCGUUAAUCUUCAGCCACAUGCUGGCUGAGCUGAAGGCCAUCUUCCCCAAUGGUCUGUUUCAGGGUGACAACUUCCGCAUCACCAAGGCAGAUGCUGCAGAGUUCUGGAGGCGCGCCUUCGGGGACAAGACCAUCGUGCCUUGGAAGGUGUUCCGUCAGUCUCUUCAUGAGUUUCAUCCCAUCAGCUCCGGACUGGAGGCCAUGGCCCUCAAGUCCACCAUUGACCUCACCUGCAAUGACUACAUAUCUGUCUUUGAGUUUGACAUCUUCACCAGGCUAUUUCAGCCUUGGUCGUCCCUGCUGCGGAACUGGAACAGCUUGGCAGUUACUCAUCCGGGGUACAUGGCCUUCCUCACCUACGAUGAGGUCAAAGCACGGUUGCAGAAGUUCAUUCACAAGCCUGGCAGUUACAUCUUCCGACUGAGCUGUACACGGCUGGGCCAGUGGGCGAUCGGCUACGUGACAGCAGAUGGAAACAUUCUCCAGACCAUUCCCCACAAUAAACCCCUCUUCCAGGCCCUCAUAGAUGGCUUCAGGGAAGGAUUCUAUUUAUUCCCUGAUGGCCGGACCCAAAACCCUGACCUGACAGGACUGUGUGAGCCUUCGCCUCAAGACCACAUCAAAGUCACACAGGAGCAAUAUGAGCUGUACUGUGAGAUGGGCUCCACUUUCCAGCUGUGUAAGAUUUGUGCCGAGAAUGACAAGGAUGUGAAGAUUGAGCCCUGUGGUCAUCUCAUGUGCACCUCCUGUCUCACUGCCUGGCAGGAGUCAGAAGGUCAGGGAACGGGGUGUCCCUUCUGUCGCUGUGAGAUUAAGGGUACGGAACCCAUUGUCGUGGAUCCUUUUGACCCUAAGGACAACAGCGGGGGCUCCUGCAGGGGCACAUUUGGGGCUGAGGGUGCACCAUCACCCAAUUAUGACGAUGAUGAUGACGACAGACUUGAAGAUCCCCAUCUCAUGAUGAGCAAACUUGCCUGUACAAAGGUGGAGCGGCCCCCAUCACCCAUGUCCAUGGCUCCUCAGUCCUCUCUUCCCCCUGUGCCGCCCAGACUAGACCUUCUACCGCACAGACCUCCCAACCCCCCUGGUGCCUCCAGCCCUGGGGUCACCACUAAGGCAGCAUCUCACCACAAAGACAAGCCUCUUCCCCUACCUCCAGCACUAAGGGAUCUUCCCCCUCCUCCCCCUCCGGACCGGCCCCACACAGCUGGGACAGCCUCUGAUGGACGGCUGCAGAGGCGGCCUUUACCCUGCACUCCCGGGGAGCCCCUUCGAGAUAAGCUCCCUCCUACACCUCCAAACCGGCCCCUGGCUGACUGGAACUCUAGGCCUGUUCCCAAGGCCCCCACCUCCUCUUCCUCAUCCUCAUCCUCAUCUUCCUCGUCCUCCCAAGUGUCCAGUCUGGGAGGGGACAUUCGAGCAGGUGUCAGGGAACUCUCCAACCGACACUCCCUCCCCUUGGCACUGCCCUCCGCUUUGGACACCCGCUCAGACUCACAGAAGAACAACAGCUCCCUCAGUCUGGAUCACCAGCUGAAUUUUGCCGCAGUAGCCGGUCAAGAUUAUGACAACCCCAAAGUGAAGCCCUCAGCCUCAGCCAACGCCAUCUAUGCACUGGCAAGCAGACCGUCUCCAGCCCUGAGGGCAGUGACAGGAGAGGAGGCACGUGACAAUGAGGAGGAGUCGGAGUACAUGAUUCCCUCCUCUCGCCCUGUCCUGCCCCCCAUCACGGCACUAUCUGCAGGGGAGACCACACCAGUCCUGAGGCCCCCACAACCUCAGCCUCUAUCAUCACUCCAGACACAGGCCCACGCCUCCACACUCAGCUCAAGGCUGGUACUGGCUGAGCUAGAGGAUGGACCUCAAAUGUAUGAAGCUAUGUACAACAUUCAGGCCAGGUCACAACAAGCCAGAGAUUCAGACUAUUCCGAGUUGCCCCCUCUGGCAAUGACCAAUGGUCCUAGGGACCACACGGCCGAGGACAGGGAAGAAGAAAACGGCUAUGACUUCCCUAAACCCCGGCUGCCAAUGCCGCCCGCCCGACGGACCCUUUCAGAACUGGGGGGGUCGUCUUCCUCCUCUUCGUCAUCCUCCUCAUGCUCAUCCUCCAUGGCUGCUUUCAGUCGCUUUUCUUUAGAUUCAGACGCUGGAGCUGCGGCAUCCUUCUCAGAGCCAGUGGAAGCACCAGAGAGACCUCCAAAGCCCCUGCCCAGACGAAUCAACUCGGAGCGUCGACCCAGCCCUGUCCCGCCCAUCCCCGCUCCGCCCAGUAGUGGGGCAACAGGAGGAGAAGCCAACCCUCAAAUCAGUAGCGAGAUAGAGCACCUCAUGAGUCAGGGAUACUCUUACCAGGACAUCCAGAAGGCACUGAUGAUUGCACAGAACAAUAUCGAAAUGGCCAAGAAUAUCCUACGCGAGUUUGUCUCAAUUCCCUCCACCGCUCAUCUUCUUACAUAGCACACUCCUCGUGCCUCCCUGUCGUGUUUGCUCUCUUGCUCUAGCUUGGCCCAGCCUGGUUGGGUUUAGGUUGGCGCAGGCCAGCCAAAAGCCCGAAGCCCAUUGCCUGCAGCACUACCUCCAGUGCUGGCUGACUCCCGACGCCCCUGUGGAUUUUAACUGGCUGUUACUUCAGAGAGCUCACAGCAUCUCUGGGACUCUGUGCCCUGCACUCCAUGCGCUUUCAACAGUGUCUGGCGUUCUUAAAACUGUUACAGCAGGCCUCUUCGCUUUCAAGAACAUCUCUGUGGGACUGACUGAGCACAUGUGGAACAAUGACAGGACGCCACAUGACGCAAGACUUUCAUAGGAAUCCUGGGAAGAGAGAUUCUUAUCUUUCAUGUCGAAGCCUCUUGCUGAAAAUGUAACCAACACCUCACAAAUAAAACUAAAAAUGUAUGUCUAUAUGAAAAUUUAAUAUAUGAGUAAAUGUAUAUUAAAUGUGUGUAAUAUAUACAGUACGUGCAUAUACAGUAUGUGAAAAUGAUUUCGGCUUUGAGGGUCGCUGUUGGUACAAGCGAUAUGGGUAGACAGGGACCAGAUUAAAGGGGGGUUUGGCCCUCUGUCGGACUAAGGGAUGUGAGUGUGGGGCAAAGUACUUGUGAGGAAGAGUCGGGUGUCUUCCUCACCAGGAUGUGUUGGUCAGCAGCAGCAGCUCAGAAGACAUGCAGCAGAGCUUUUCCAUUAUGAAUUCAGUCUGUUAUGGCCUUUGAUUAACAACGUUGCUUUGGUACUUUUUCUUUUUUUAGAAAGACAUCCAUGUUUUGUCGUGUUGUGUUUUUUGUUGUUUUUUGUUUUGUUUUGUUGGUUUUUUUUUUUCAAAGUAGCAUGACGAUGGUUUCAGGUCUGGACUGUUGUCUGGCAGUGUGUGUCUCCACGUGAGAGUGAGUGUUUAUGUGAGCAUGCAUGUGUGCGUGUCUGCCAGACCUACUCCUCAUGAACUGCUCCUAAAUGAACCCCUGUUCCUGUACAACAUGAAUGUGGAAUUACAGUCAGUAUACUCAGACUCUGUGCUCUGUAAACAUACUACUGCUCUAACUCAUAUGGCAGGGCCUAGUGUAGCUGUAGAGCCUGGCAAUGAGAUUAUUAGAGGACGUACUAAUGUUGACAACCCUGCAGUACCAGACAGGCUAGUGUUGUGUGAUCCGUGGCGGCUGAAACUUUUUCGUUCUGUCUUCGUCUAACUUCAUUGGCUGGCUGGUUCGGGUUUCUGUCUCCAGCUCAGUCCAGUGUUAUGAAACAAACAAAAAAAUGUCAUUGAUUUACUUUGGUAAUAUAUUAUUGUAAUAUGAUCAUAAAUAUUGUUAUUAUAAGUAACUCAGAAGUGCUUCACUGCUGCUACUAUUGUUAGUGCUAAACAAUUAAGCCUUAAAUGUACAUUUGUGAAUAUUGUGUUUAACCAUCAUCUUGUUUCUUUAAAGUGACAGUAUCACCCAUGUUUCUUCAGUCCGUAAUGUAGCAUACUUGAAAGUACAAAUAGCUUGUGAGCUAGCAGCCCUCUCAAGCUGUCUACUCUUCAGUGUUUUAAAAUCUUUUUUCUUUCUUUUUUCUUUUUCAUUUUUUUUUUGUAUAGCAACAGUAAUAAAUAAUAAUCUUUCACAUCAGUUUCCUUUCUCCAUGGAGUUUGCCCCACUGAAAUGGAGUAAGGCUUUCUAGAAAAGUAGGCUCAUGGGUUUUCUGGCCCACCCCCGAGUCUACGCUGAAAUCAGUAUUUGGGCCAACUGUAAGAACUAACUCAGGAAUAAUGUUUAUCUAAACAAGUGGCGUUCACCCUGGCUGUCAAAAAAAAUAGAUGAGGCUCACCUAUCAGCUGUCUGUUCAUCCAGGUGAUGUGUAGCCAAAAGUAUCCGUUUAAUGAAGUCACACAAGUAGCCUAUUACUUUUUUUUUUUCAUAUUAUAACUUGCACAUUUUUUGUAUUAUUUCCAAUAUUCGCAGGACUAGACAGCAGCUUAAUUUCCAGGUACUAUGAAUGAAUAAGAAAUUAAUGCAAGGAGCUUUUAGGUACAUUGACUUGAACCUCUCCCAGCAUAUGAAGAAUGUUGUUUUUUUUUUUGUUUGUUUGUUUGUUUUGGGAGGGUGUAGAUGACAUGUCAAUAGCUAACCAGCCCUAGCUUAUAAUGGGUAAUGCUGUGUUGACUGGAAGCUAUCUCCGCGCUGUCUGGCAAAUCCUCUAGUUGUUGUUUUGUUUUUUGUUUUGUUUUUUUGUUCUCUUUUUUCUGUUCCUAGUUGCCUUGAGAAACUUCUUGAAUGAUGGGUAAUCAACGGGGAGGUCCCCAAUCCUCAAUACUGUACCAAUGUUUUGUAGAUGUUUUUGAGGACCGCAUUGUCAUGUAUUAUUUACCUUUAUUUUUGUUUUGUUUUCACACAGUAUACCAAUUUGUGCUUUGAUACUGUCACUCUAAAGAAUAGCAAAUUGUAUAAAGUUAGUGAUAUGAAAAGAAAAAAUUGCUGUUUUAUUUCAUUUUGCAUUCCUGUACAUGUAUUUUGUUCCAAAGGUUUUGUUUACUUAUGUGAAUAAUUCUGUGAGCAGUGCCAUAUGUUUGGAGAUCCUCACCAUGUUUAGAAUAAGGCCUUGUUUUUGAAGAGUUUGUGGGUAUUGAUAUGUACCUGUUGAUCUCUGAAGGCAAGAUCGUGCAGUAUUGCUUAUAUUAAUCUGUCCUCUCUGAAUCGUCAGCCGCAUUUGGCCUCAUCUAAGAGAACAAGUGCUGAUCUCUGAAAAGCCUCUGCUUCCCUCUUACCUGAUGGAUAAAUCAGGUCCCAGAUCAGUUCUCAGCCUCAGUGAUGCUCCAUGCGUGCCUGCGCCCGUUGCCCUCAAACCCUCUGUUGGGGUACUACAACUUUCUGCCAGAAGAGGGAGCUGUUGUUCCAUGUAGACGUGUCGCUUCUCAUCAGUUAAAGGCAUUCAUUAACUUUUUGAUGGUUUUUAAGCUCAUAUCACUUUGGAAGUAUGCACAGUGCUGUUAAUAAAAU